AUGGUGCUAUAUCGCAGGGGAGUCAUUAUCCACUGGUGGCUAAAGAGGUGGCUGAUUAUUGCCACUGGCAUGAAAAUCACUACUAAUAGCACAAAUACAAGUGUCACCAUCAUCAUGUCGAUCUAUCACACAGUACCCAUCUCACCUCAGCGGCGAUCACACAUCCACUACAUCAUGACAUGGGUUGGAGUGGACACUGGAGAUACAUACUACUCGGAACCCCCACUGGAUCCAUCCAUCGCAACAUCAGCGGGUAUAGUGAUCCGAUGGCGUGCUUACAAGUAUGCUUCCACUGCUGUUCGAUCGGUUCCUCCGGAUAGGGAUCGUGGUUGUGACGUUGCAUGUUGCCCGCGGUGGCAUGGACCUCCGCCCUCCCCGCGUCAUCCGGACAUUCCCCCAAACCUUGAACCUGGACUCGAUCCAGUGGGCAAUCCAGCGCCACCGCAAGGCUUAUCUUCCCAAUACAAGGCUUAA